ACCUCCAAAAUCCUAAGUAUUUCGUCUCGCCUUCUCCUCUUUGUUGACCGGCCCUAAAUCCUUCAAGCGCAGCAGCCAUGGUGUUCAAGGAAGCGAGUUCCUCAUCACAUGCCUUACCGAUUAUCGCCGGCGACUCAUCGGUUCCCCUUCUCGGCCUCAAAUCCGGAAGCUACCUCUCUUCUCAACCUAAAACCUUCGCUAACGUCUUCAUCGCCAUCGUCGGCGCUGGCGUUCUCGGCCUCCCAUACGCCUUCAAGCGCACCGGAUGGGCCGCCGGAACUUUAAUGCUACUCGUCGUAGGUGCCCUCACCUAUCAUUGCAUGAUGCUUCUCACGCGCACCCGCCGCCGCCUCGAGGAAGAAGUCGGGUUCUCCAAGAUCGCCUCCUUCGGCGAUCUCGGCUUCUCCGUCGCCGGUCGUGUCGGUCGCCUUGCCGUAGAUCUUAUGAUCGUGCUUAGCCAAGCAAGUUUCUGCGUCGGGUACCUGAUAUUCAUCUCCAACACGCUUGCCCACAUACUCCCUCAAAAGCCCAAUAAAUUACUCUCCCUCGCCGCUUUGCUUCCUUUCCAGCUCGCUCUCAACUCAAUCCGAAGCCUCACCCUCCUCGCUCCCCUCAGCAUCUUUGCCGACAUAGUCGAUAUAGCCGCCAUGGUGGUUGUUCUCGGUGUCGAUGUAAACACUUUCGCUCACCGACAGCCAGAUCUAGUCUCCUUCGGCGGGUCAUCCGUCAUCUUCUACGGCCUCGGCGUCGCCGUCUAUGCCUUUGAGGGGAUCGGCAUGGUGCUUCCACUUGAAUCGGAAGCAGCCGACAAGAAUAAGUUCGGGCGAACCCUAGGCCUCUCCAUGGCCUUCAUCUCCGCCCUGUACGCCUCCUUUGGCGCCUUCGGGUAUGCUGCCUUCGGUGAUGAUACAAGCGACAUCAUAACUACUAACCUGGGCCGUGGCAUAAUCCCCCUGGCCGUGCAGAUCGGGCUCUGCAUCAAUCUGUUCUUCACCCUUCCGAUCAUGAUGAAUCCUGUGUACGAGGUGGCCGAGAGGUGGGCCUACGGUAAGCAAUACUGUAUAUGGUUGAGGUGGGCUCUGGUGAUGAUGGUGUGCUUGGUGACGCUGGUUGUACCCAAUUUCACCGACUUCCUGUCGCUGGUUGGGAGCAGCGUUUGCUGCAUCCUAGGGUUUGUUCUUCCGGCCGCUUUUCAUCUUAGGGUUUUUGGGCCGGAGAUGGGUUGGAUUGGUGUGGUUUCCGACGGGGCGAUCAUUGUGAUCGGCGUCGUUUUCACCGUCUCCGGUACUUUCUCUACGGUGAUGGAGAUUCUCUUCUCGGUGAAGGUGUAAGGAAGAAGAAGCGAUUUGUACCUUGUACAUAGCUUGGAUUCAAUUACAGUUCGAGGAAUCUUUAUCGUAUUUUCGAGCUGCAAAAUGGAAUCAUGGGAAAUGUGAAAUUCGAGAUGGUUUUAAUAAUCGGAAGAACAAUUCACCAUUGGUAGGUUAUGAAACAGAAUUAUAGUAUUGGAGCAGUGCAGCUAAUUCAUUGUAAGUAAUAAGAACACAAAUGAUUUGGGUAUUAUUUGUGUGAAUUUGUUAGUGUCAGAUGUCUGAUGUCAAGUCUUUGACAUCUACGUCCUUCGAGAAUGUAUUUGUUGUAGGAUCAGAUGAAUUUGGAAAGCUUUGAUAAAUUUUCUUCCUGUUCUGAACUGUAUUUCUUAGUAAAUUAUUAAUCAGAUUAAAACUAUUCAUGAUAA